CUUUUCCGACAUUUUGUACGGCAAGACCCUUGUCAACGACCUUGUCUUUAAACUGCAGUGCUAUCCCUGAUUCACGAAGAUGGUCAAGGAAGACAAGGCCACCUGGAAGUCUAACUACUUCAUUAAGAUUGCACAACUUCUAGAUGAGUAUCCAAAGUGCUUCAUUGUGAAUGCAGACAAUGUGGGCUCCAAACAGAUGCAACAGAUCCGUGCUGCUCUCAGAUCCCAAGCUAUUGUGUUGAUGGGUAAGAACACAAUGAUGAGGAAAGCCAUCCGUGGACAUCUAGAGAACAACCCAGCUCUAGAAAAGCUGUUGCCACACAUAGUUGGUAAUGUAGGCCUGGUGUUUACCAAGGGAGACCUGAUGGAGGUCAGGGAGUUGCUGUUAGCCAACAAGGUGAAAGCUCCAGCUCGUGCCGGUGCCAUUGCCCCAGUUGAUGUAAUUGUUCCCAAACAAGCAACCACCCUAGGACCCGAGAAGACCUCUUUCUUCCAGGCCUUGCAGAUCACCACUAAGAUCACCAAGGGGUGCAUUGAAAUCUUGAACGAUGUACACCUGAUUAAAAUUGGUGACAAAGUUGGACCUUCCGAAUCAACCCUACUCAACAUGUUGAACAUUUCUCCCUUCUCAUAUGGUCUUGUCAUCCAGAGAGUGUAUGACUCUGGUAGUGUGUUUGAGCCAAUGAUCUUGGACAUUACUGAUGAUGAUUUGAUUCAGAAGUUUAUGAGUGGAGUAAGGAACAUCGCUGCAGUAUCACUUGAUAUUGGUUACCCUACUGCAGCAUCAGCACCUCACUCUAUUGCUAAUGGAUUCAAGAAACUUUUGGCAAUUGCUUGCGAGACUGACAUCACCUUUGCUGAGGCAGAGAGGACUAAGGAAUAUUUAGCUGAUCCCUCCAAGUUUGCAACAGCUGCUCCAGCAUCUGCCGCCCCAGCAGCAGCAGGUGGUGCUGCUGAGAAAAAGAAGGAAGAAGUGAAGGAAGAAUCUGAGGAGUCUGAUGACGACAUGGGCUUCGGAUUGUUUGAUUAAAGAUGUAGACUCUUAACAUACAUUUAGAUCUUGUUCCCAUAGACACAUCUGGGACCUGUUCAUCAAAUUUUAAAAAAGCAUACAGGAAAAUGAAAAAAAAACCUAAACGUCUUCACAUCUAGGCUGGAUACAGUUUUGUCUGGAAUAAAAAGAAAGAAAGUAA